UCCACCAUGAGGCGAGGUGGAUGGAGGAAGCGAGCUGAAAAUGAUGGCUGGGAAAAAUGGGGUGGGUAUAUGGCUGCCAAGGUCCAGAAACUGGAGGAACAGUUUCGAUCAGAUGCUGCUCUGCAGAAGGAUGGGACUUCAUCUACAAUUUUUAGUGGAGUUGCUAUCUAUGUUAAUGGAUACACAGAUCCUUCUGCUGAGGAAUUGAGAAAACUAAUGAUGUUGCAUGGAGGUCAAUACCAUGUAUAUUAUUCCAGAUCUAAAACAACACAUAUUAUUGCCACAAAUCUUCCCAAUGCCAAAAUUAAAGAAUUAAAGGGGGAAAAAGUAAUUCGACCAGAAUGGAUUGUGGAAAGCAUCAAAGCUGGACGACUCCUCUCCUACAUUCCAUAUCAGCUGUACACCAAGCAGUCCAGUGUGCAGAAGGGUCUCAGCUUUAAUCCUGUAUGCAGACCUGAGGAUCCUGUGCCAGGUCCAAGCAAUAUAGCCAAACAGUUCAACAACAGGGUAAAUCACAUCGUUAAGAAGAUUGAAACAGAAAAUGAAGUCAAAGUCAAUGGCAUGAACAGUUGGAAUGAAGAAGACGAAAAUAAUGAUUUUAGUUUUGUGGAUCUGGAACAGACCUCUCCGGGAAGGAAACAGAAUGGAAUUCCUCAUCCCGGAGGCAGCACUGCCAUUUUUAAUGGACACACUUCUAGCUCUAAUGGUGCCUUAAAGACACAGGAUUGCUUGGUGCCCAUGGUCAACAGUGUUGCCAGCAGGCUUUCUCCAGUCUCUUCCCAGGAGGAGGAUAAGGCUGAGAAGAGCAGCACUGAUUUCAGAGACUGCACUCUGCAGCAGUUGCAGCAAAGCACCAGAAACACAGAUGCUUUGCGGAAUCCACACAGAACUAAUUCUUUCUCAUUAUCACCUUUGCACAGUAACACUAAAAUCAAUGGUGCUCACCACUCCACUGUUCAGGGGCCUUCAAGCACAAAAAGCACUUCUUCAGUAUCUACUCUUAGCAAGGCAGCACCUUCAGUGCCAUCCAAACCUUCAGACUGCAAUUUUAUUUCAAACUUCUAUUCUCAUUCAAGACUGCAUCACAUAUCAAUGUGGAAGUGUGAAUUGACUGAGUUUGUCAAUACCCUGCAAAGACAAAGUAAUGGUAUCUUUCCAGGAAGGGAAAAGUUAAAAAAAAUGAAAACAGGCAGGUCUGCACUUGUUGUAACUGACACAGGAGAUAUGUCAGUAUUGAAUUCUCCCAGACAUCAGAGCUGUAUAAUGCAUGUUGAUAUGGAUUGCUUCUUUGUGUCAGUGGGUAUACGAAAUAGACCAGAUCUCAAAGGCAAACCAGUGGCUGUUACAAGUAACAGAGGCACAGGAAGGGCACCUUUACGUCCUGGCGCUAACCCCCAGCUGGAGUGGCAGUAUUACCAGAAUAAAAUCCUGAAAGGCAAAGCAGCAGAUACACCAGAUUCAUCACUGUGGGAGAAUCCAGAUUCUGCACAAGCAAAUGGAAUUGAUUCUGUUUUGUCAAGGGCUGAAAUUGCAUCUUGUAGUUAUGAGGCCAGGCAACUUGGCAUUAAGAACGGAAUGUUUUUUGGGCAUGCUAAACAACUAUGUCCCAAUCUUCAAGCUGUCCCAUACGAUUUUCAUGCAUAUAAGGAAGUCGCACGAACACUGUAUGAAACAUUGGCAAGCUACACUCAUAACAUUGAAGCUGUCAGCUGUGAUGAAGCACUGGUGGACAUCACCGAAAUCCUUGCAGAGACCAAACUUACUCCUGAUGAAUUUGCAAAUGCUGUUCGUAUGGAAAUCAAAGACCAGACGAAGUGUGCUGCCUCUGUUGGAAUUGGUUCUAAUAUUCUCCUGGCUAGAAUGGCAACUAGAAAAGCAAAACCAGAUGGGCAGUACCACCUAAAACCAGAAGAAGUAGAUGAUUUUAUCAGAGGUCAGCUAGUUACUAAUCUACCAGGAGUUGGAUGUUCAAUGGAAUCUAAGUUGGCAUCUUUGGGAAUUAAAACUUGUGGAGACUUGCAAUAUAUGACCAUGGCAAAACUCCAAAAAGAAUUUGGUCCCAAAACAGGUCAGAUGCUUUAUAGGUUCUGCCGUGGCUUGGAUGAUAGACCAGUUCGAACUGAAAAGGAAAGAAAAUCUGUGUCAGCUGAGAUCAACUAUGGAAUCAGGUUUACCCAGCCAAAAGAGGCAGAAGCUUUUCUUCUGAGUCUUUCAGAAGAAAUUCAAAGAAGACUAGAAGCCACUGGCAUGAAGGGUAAACGUCUAACUCUCAAAAUCAUGGUACGAAAGGCCGGGGCUCCUGUAGAAACUGCAAAAUUUGGAGGCCAUGGAAUUUGUGAUAACGUUGCCAGGACUGUAACUCUUGACCAGGCAACAGAUAAUGCAAAAAUAAUUGGAAAGGCGAUGCUAAACAUGUUUCAUACAAUGAAACUAAAUAUAUCAGACAUGAGAGGGGUUGGGAUUCACGUGAAUCAGUUGGUUCCAACUAAUCUGAACCCUUCCACAUGUCCCAGUCGCCCAUCAGUUCAGUCGAGCCACUUUCCUGGUGGGUCAUACUCUGUCCGUGAUAUCUUCCAAGUUCAGAAAGCUAAGAAACCCACAGAAGAGGAGCACAAAGAAGUAUUUCGGACUGCUGUGGAUCUGGAAAUAUCAUCUGCUUCUAGAACUUGCACUUUGCCACCUUUUCCCGCACAUCUGCCGACCAGUCCUGAUACUAACAAGGCUGAGUCUUCAGGGAAAUGGAACGGUCUGCAUUCUCCUGUCAGUGUGCAGUCAAGACUUAACCUGAGUAUAGAGGUCCCGUCAGCUUCCCAGCUGGAUCAGUCUGUUUUAGAAGCACUUCCACCUGAUCUCCGGGAACAAGUAGAGCAAGUCUGUGCUGUCCAGCAAGCAGAGGCACAUGGCGACAAAAGGAAAGAACCAGUGAAUGGCUGUAACACGGGAAUUUUGCCACAACCAGUUGGGACAGUCUUGUUGCAAAUACCAGAACCUCAAGAAUCGAACAGUGACACAGGAAUAAAUGUAAUAGCCCUUCCAGCAUUUUCACAGGUGGACCCUGAGGUAUUUGCUGCCCUACCUGCUGAACUUCAAAGGGAGCUGAAAGCAGCAUAUGAUCAAAGACAAAGGCAGGGCGAGAACAGCAGCCACCAGCAGUCAGCCAGCGCAUCUGUGCCAAAGAAUCCUUUACUUCAUCUAAAGGCAGCAGUGAAAGAAAAGAAAAGAAACAAGAAAAAAAAACCCAUCGGUUCCCCAAAAAGGAUUCAGAGUCCUUUGAAAAACAAGCUGCCAAACAGUCCUGCAAAAACUCUGCCAGGGGCCUGUGGCAGUCCCCAGAAGUUAAUUGAUGGGUUUCUAAAACAUGAAGGAACUCCUGCAGAGAAACCCCUGGAAGAACUCUCUGCUUCUACUUCAGGUGUGCCAGGCCUUUCUAGUUUGCAGUCUGACCCAGCUGGCUGUGUGAGACCUCCAGCACCCAAUCUAGCUGGAGCUGUUGAAUUCAAUGAUGUGAAGACCUUGCUCAGAGAAUGGAUAACUACAAUUUCAGAUCCAAUGGAAGAAGACAUUCUCCAAGUUGUGAAAUAUUGUACUGAUCUAAUAGAAGAAAAAGAUUUGGAAAAACUGGAUCUAGUUAUAAAAUACAUGAAAAGGUUGAUGCAGCAAUCGGUGGAAUCGGUUUGGAAUAUGGCGUUUGACUUUAUUCUUGACAAUGUUCAGGUGGUUUUACAACAAACGUACGGAAGCACAUUAAAAGUUACAUAAAUAUUACCAGGGAGCCUGGUGCUCUCCGAUCGCUGUGCCAUAAGUGCUUGUGAGGUAUUUGCAAAGUGCAUGAUAGUAAUGCUCGGAGUUUUUAUAAUUUUAAAUUUCUUUUAAAGCAAGUGUUUUGUACAUUUCUUUUCAAAAAGUGCCAAAUUUGUCAGUAUUGCAUGUAAAUAAUUGUGUUAAUUCUUUUACUGUAGCAUAGAUUCUAUUUACAAAAUGUUUGUUUAUAAAGUUUUAUGGAUUUUUACAGUGAAGUGUUUACAGUUGUUUAAUAAAGAACUGUAUGUAUAUUUUGUACAGGCUCCUUUUUGUGAAUCCUUAAAAACUCAACUCUAGGAAGCAACUACUGUUUAUUAUACUAAAAGGCUGAAAAACCUCCAGGCCAGACUGCUAAGCUCUGAAAUUCCUGAGAGGUCUCAGACCGGGAUUCUACUUGUUCCAAGAAAGGGUAAAGCUUCUAAACCAUCUUAUUCUUGUCUCCAAGCAUGAACACAGGAGCAUGUUAAGAAAAUCUUUACUUCUUCCAUGUGGAGAAAUCUACAUAUUUUGAAUUAGAAACACCCUCACACCCACUUGAAGAUUUUUUCUUGGGAACAUUAUGUCCCAUAGAUCAGAGGUGAUGUUGUCUUUGCCUCUACUGGCCAUUGAGAAACUUUGAUGAUAAAAAAGAACGGUAUAGAUUUUCAAACGGAUAUAAAAUAUUUUUAUGCUAUAUGUUAUGCCGUAACUUUAAAAUAAAAAUGUAGUUUAAAAUUCU